AUGAGCGACCAAGACGAGAAGGUGAACGUUCUCUUUUGCUGCCUCGGCAAUAUCUGCCGCAGCCCCAUGGCAGAAGCUGUAUUUUCCGAGCACGUGAAGCGCAAUGGUGCCGCCGACAAGUUUGGCGUGAUCGACAGUUGCGGCACUGCAGACUACCACGUAGGCGAGGAGCCGCAUGAGACGACCGUCGCUGUAUGCAAAGAGCACGACAUCCCUGUCAAGCAUCUGGCACGCGCCAUACGUCGAGGGGACUUUUCCACGUUUGACUACAUCUUUGGCAUGGAGUAUGUAUCGGAUCUGCCGCUUAUGUAUAGCUCCAACAAUGUCAAGAACCUGCGCAGGAUGCAGCCGCCGGGCACAAAAGCAAAGGUGCUGCUGUUUUCCGAAUUCGACGACAAGGCCACUGUAUGCGAUCCAUACUAUGUACGUGCGACGCGACACGACGCGUUUCCCGACACUACUAACAUGUGGCAGAUUGGCAACCAUGCUUUCUACACGGUAUUCGAACAGUGUGUACGCUACACGAACGCAUUCCUUGCUGCCCACAAGAUGGCUGCCCUCCCCGCCCAGCUGUAA